AUGGCGUCACUCGCUCAGUAUAUAAACGCUGUUAAAGAGCUGGGACUAACUGGUGAAGAGGCCUCUAAAUUCAUCGAUAAACAUAAACAUGAGGAAAGGGAGAGACAGCGAGUGGAUAGGGAGCAUGAAAGCCAGGAAAGGGAACGUGAAAGCCAGGAAAGGGAGAAACAACGAAUGCACGACAUUGAAAUGGCCAGAAUACAGCAACAAAAGAAUGAUAACGGUAAUUGUUUUGAUAAAUUCCAUCAAUUGAGAAGGAUGUUACCUUUUAAUGAGGACACUGAGAGCAUCGAUUCAUAUCUUGCGAGAUUUGAGGAUUUGGCUCGUGCUUGUGAAUUACCAGAACGUGAGUGGGCUAGAAGUCUGUCGGGUCAUUUGAAGGAUAGAGCCGUCAACAUAUGUAUCCAACUGAAUGAACAAGAGAGAAACCAGUAUUCAGCUGUGAAAGAUGCUCUUCUGAGACAGUUUGGAGCAACCGAGGAUGAAUAUAGAAAAAAAAUUCCUGCAUAG